AUGCUCUUCCAAUCAGUCUUCUUUGCUCCGCUCCUUUUACUGGUCACCCAAGGAGUUGCAGGCACUCUUACCUCACACGACCAUUCUCUCGCGCAGCACAAGCGAGCGACUUGUACUCCCAAAUCAGCCGGCUCAGUUUCAACAGAUGAUGUCCCCGCCAUCGUCGCCGCACUGAAGCAAUGCGAGAAUGGAGGAGUCAUUGUGUUUCCCAAAGAUACCACCUAUAUGAUUAGAAGCAAACUCAGUUUCACCGGUUGUACAAAUUGCGAAGUCCAACUCGAGGGCCGACUCAAACUGUCAGACGAUUACACCUUUUGUAACAACUCUCGUACUCAGAUCGACAUUCGUGGAAUUAACGGGCUGAAGUUUCAUAGUCCUGCUGGUACUGGGCAGAUUGAUGGUAACGGACAAGCUGCGUGGGAUCGUUUUGGAUCAGUCGGGGAUUUGAAGAGACCUGUAAUGUUCGCAGUGGAAAGCUCCACUGAUGUUGAGGUUAAUAGUUUUCUUAUGAAGAACGCGCAGAACGUCUUUGUUGAUAUCGGAUCCAACAGUGAGAGAGUCAAGUUCCUCAACAUGGACUUGACUGCCAUCAGCAAGUCAAGCUAUCCGCCAAAAAAUACUGACGGAUUCGAUAUCGGAGCAUCCAAGUACACGACUCUUUCGAACAUCUUCAUCCAGAACGACGAUGAUUGCGUUGCUUUCAAGGCAGGCUGUGAUCAAGUCACCGUCACCGACAUUACCUGCCAAGGAUCCCACGGGCUAUCAGUCGGUUCUCUGGCCAAGACAAACACCGAUACAGUCACCAACGUCUACGUCAGAAAUGCCACCAUGAUAGGCGCUACGAAAGCGGCUGGAAUCAAAAUCUACCCUGGCGGUCCUGAUCAUGGCACAGCAGUUGUCCACAACGUUACCUGGGAUGGUGUUAUCGUUGAUGACUGCGGUGCUGCAUUCGAGUUUGAUGCUUGCUACAACGAAGACGAGUCUUACUGUGAGCAGCACCCCAGUACCGCACAGGUGACAGAGAUUUAUGUCAAGAACUUCUCCGGAAAGACUAGCACCAAGUAUUCUCCUACCACUGGCCAUGUAUACUGUCCUGUUGAGGGAAAGAAUUGCGAUAUUGAGUUUACCAACUGGACUGUAAAGUCUGGAACUGGUGCUGGGCAGGUUUUGUGUGAGAAUAUUAGCUCUGAUGUUUUGGGUAUUACCUGUCAUAUUACCAAGUUCCGGGUAUCCCGAACCCCACGGAUCAAGCGGAACCGACCCGCGGUAUCUUGCUCAACGUGUCGUGCACGCAAGCAGAAAUGCGACAGACAACAACCAUGCGGCCCAUGUCUGAAGCGUGGUGUUGAGGACUCAUGUCACCUAGACUCAACUCCGCGACCACCGCCUGCUUCGCUGGUUAAUCGUGGUGAUAGUCGAGUCCAGAAUGAGCUUAGGCAGAUGCAGAGCCUUCUCCAGAGUCUCCUCAGCCAGCCUAACCAUGGCCAAGCGGCCACAUCCUGCGAUAAACUAGCCGCGGGUGUGGAUCGGAUUCGGCAGGCUAUCAAUGACACCACUGUUGUGGCUCCCGAGGUGGACCAAACCCCAGACAUCGUGUUUGGAUAUCUCGCCAAAGUUACCUCACAAGAUGUUCUAGCGGCUUUGCCAUCCCGCCAGCAAUCUGACAAGAUAGUCUCGACAUACCUCAACUCAAGACAUAUUGCAGUACCGUUCAUCCAUAUCCACCAAUUCCGCAGACAGUGUGAAGCCUUUUGGGACAACCCUGAAUCUGCAAACCUGCUAUGGGCAAGCAUCCUGUUCUCAGUCCUUGCCGUUGGUAUCAUCAUAUCUGAUGACAGGAGAAAUCACCACCAGUCUGCGACAUUUGUUUCUAUGUCAGCUAAAUGUCUUGUAUCCGGACAGUACAGAACAGCAAUCGAAUUCUCUGUGGAAGCCUUAGCUAUGCAUCUUCAUGCACGGUGUUUCCAUCACGAUGAGAGGGACAUCAAUCUCUCCCAGCUGCAUGCGUUAACUGUUCGUGUCGCACAACAGCGGGCAUAUCAUGUGGACGGGGACAACUCCUUGCAGGCUCUGACGCCUUUCCAAGUCGAAAUGAGACGGCGCGUUUGGUAUUAUCUCCAAUACUACGACGUUUUGCUCUCUCUUGAGCAUGGAUUGCCGCCGGUUAUACACGAAGAUACAUACUCUAUGAGCCACCCAACAAACGUAAGUGAUGAUGAGUUUGAUGAGGAAUCGAACUUUUUCUUCUCCAGUCCAGCGACAGAGCUUUAUACCGCGCUCCCUUGCGUGUACAUGUCCCAACUGUUGCCAAUUCUGAGACGCAUCAUUUGCCAUGCCCUUGGUUUCAAGACCUACAACUAUACGGACGCUCUGUUGCUCAAAUUGCAGCUUGAGACAUGGUACAGAUCGAUUCCGACCUGCCUCCUCGUGCAUUCCGUUAGGGAUACUUCCUUGACAAACACUGCUUUCACUGCUUUGCAAGGCGUCUUAUUUCAGCUCAUUUAUAACACCGGAGUCGCGCUGAUAUAUCGUCCGUUCCUCGAUAUCAUGAGCCUUGAGAAUAGAUAUUGCAAAACUGCGCUCGACGCGUCUCGCUUGAAUGCACUAAGAUCUAUCGAAGUGUACAUAGAGGUUGAUCAGCAGAUGCAGAGAGGGGGCAGACUCUACAACGACCCUCAAGUAAAAGCUAACUUACCUGUCAAUGAUUUCUUUAUAAAUAUGAUCAUGGCACCGCUUGAGUUCUUCGGCUGUCCCGACUUACCGCAAAGCAAGAAGGGCUAUAUCAUCAAUACUCUCAAAACGGCAGCACAGCUGUGGCCCGCAAGAUCAUGUGUCUCUUCAUACGCCCUCGAAAGCUCCCGACUGCUUCAGGUCAUCCUGACAGAUAUCUACUCGUCAACCUCGAUUGAGCGUCCUAUGUACCCAAAUGUCUCUGAUUCAAACCAGGAGAGUGCCCUACUGCAAUACUUUGGUACAUAUGAGUCAAGAAACGGCGAUGUCUAUGAAUUGGACAAUUUCCUAUGGAACACCACUGUAACGCCGGAUUGGGUUUGUACACGUAUCCACAUGGAGAGAUGCGCCACUGACGAUACGUAG